AUGUCGAGCCACUACUUUUUCCGGCCGCCCCCGUGCCGGUGCCCCCCCAUGAUGAUGCUGCCUAACCCUAUGGCCGUGUAUCCGCCUCUAGAGGAGGAUCCUGUGAGCCUGUCCGCCGUCUACGAUCUGCUGGAGGAGCAGCAGAUUUUCUUCCGGCGGCUUUUGCAGCAGCAGGAGCGCAGCCACCGCGCAUUCCUGCAGUUGCUCAUGGACUCCUCCGCCCAGCGCACCGACAACCUCCUCCGCGAGCUGCAGGAUCUGCGGGGGGGCCUGGAGGGGGUCAGGAAACAGGCCCUCCAGACCAGCAAACGGGUCGAAGGCCUGGUGGAGGAGCUGGAAACGGUGCGGGGGGUCCUGGAAGGGCUCAAGUCGAAGCCGGCCGGGGGGCGGGCCGAACCAACGCAGCCCCGGGGGCCCGGGGGACUCGGGCCGAACGGGAAUAAAAACAAAAAGCCCGAACCUAAAGCCGCAAAGCUGGUGGCAGACCUCACAGACAUCAGCUUUAAGGACAUAAAGUGGAAAAAACGGCGCGCCCUGCCGGCGCUAUGGUAA